GGCAACUUUAGUAUAUAAUAAACACUUGCCAAAGUGCAAAAUUCACCUAACGAGUUCUAAUCAAUAGAAGAGCUGCAACUUUUUUCUUUCCCAAUAUAAGAGACCGUACAUGGACACCAAGAAGAGACCAGUACUGGACGUGUCUUCCUUUCUUCUGGUCGAGGGCAGUGCAGACUCUGAGGCAGAAUAUGGGCUUCUGAAGCUCUAUCUCGAUGUUACUAUAGCCUGCGCUGCUGCUGCUGCUGCUGAUGAUGAUGAUGAUGAUGCAGAGUCAUGCAGCUGUGACACAACUGAUCGUAUACAUGGUUUUUCUGAAACUUUUGAGGUUGAUGAUCAUCGCGAGCCAAGUUGGAGUGGAUGCAAGAUGUUUCUAAAGGAUGCCGCCUUGGAUUGCAUGAUCAUUGAGGAGGGUGAUCAAGAGGAAUCAAAGGUUGAUAUUAAUCUAAGUAGGGAAGUCAUGGAUGCAAUGGAGGACAGACUCUUUUGGGAGACUUGCAUCGCGCUAGGGUACCCUUAAAUUUUAGUAGUUUUAAAUUUCAGUGGUCCUUGCUCCUUUUCCUUCAAGAAUAAACCAAGGUGCUAUUGUCUUGGUCAAAUUACUAGUACGUAUAAAUUACACACCGUACUCUUGUUUCAGUUUUUUUAAUGUCGAUGUUGUGAUCUAAAAGACUUGCUAUUUGUUUAUUUGUUUUUUUGGACUUCAAUGUGUUUCUAGUAUUUGUGGCUUUAGCUCGCAUGUAUUCAUUAGGCUCUUGGCCAUUUAAUGGAGUUUGUUGUUG